GUCUGUUCUCUCUCACUUCCGACACUAAAACCCCCGAAAAACCCUAGACAUGAAAUCCCUCCGAAAUCUCUAUCGCCAUAGACAACUUCUCAAUCUCCCUGAACCAAAAUUGCUUUCAAAUCAUCCCAUCAUCUCUUCAAAUCACUCUCAUUCUCUUCCCCCCCUUGAUCCAACAAGCAUCGAUUUCUCCCAGAAACGCUUUUUUUCAAAAUCAAGUGAUGAAUCUGACGAUGAUCCUAAUCCUAAAUAUGUGUUCGAUCCUGUAACUCAAACCCUUGUUCCUAGAACGAUUAUUAAAUCAUUCAAUCAAAAAAUCGAUGAUAAUGAUAAUGAUGGUGGUGGUGGUAAUGAUUCGAAGUGUUCUAGUUCUGAUUCAGUUGUUAAUGAAUCGGUUGCUGUAUCACCAAAAAGUGAUACUCAAGGAGUGGGUAUUUCUGGGUUCAGGUCGAAGGGGCAAGAUUUUGUGUCAAGGAAGACCAAUGGGAAAACUGGGAAGGCUAAAGUGUGUUGGGUAUGUUCAAAUUGUGGAAAUUCAACUUCACAAUGGUGGGGGAAAUGUCAGUCUUGUGAUGAAGUGGGUACGAUGACUCGAAUCUCACAGAUUGAUGUUGCUGUUGAAGAUAGUAAUAUGAGGAAAUCAUGGGUACCACGGAAAUGCGACGAAGUGUUGCCGCAGAGAUUGACAGAUGUGAAUAAGGGGAUAAAUCAGAUGAAUUGGAGAAUCCCAUUGUCUGGACUUUUUGGAGCUGAAGUAGGCAGGGUUCUUGGAGGUGGUCUUGUGCCAGGUUCUUUGGUUUUAGUUGGUGGUGAUCCUGGUGUGGGGAAAAGUACGUUAAUUUUGCAGAUUGCUGCAAUGCUGGCUGAAGAGGGUGAUUUUGGUCAGCCAGCCCCGGUUGUGUAUGUCUCAGGUGAAGAGAGUGUAGAGCAAAUUGGUAACCGAGCUGAUCGUAUGAGAAUUGCAACAAAAGAACUGUUUUUAUACUCUGGUACUGAUAUUGAGGAUAUAUUGCAGAAGGCACAUUUGCUUUCUCCUCGGGCACUUAUUGUUGAUUCUAUUCAGACAAUGUAUUUGGAUGGAGUGACUGGAAGUGCAGGAGGUAUAAUGCAGGUAAAGGAAUGCACGUCUGCAUUGUUAAGGUAUGCGAAAAGCACUAAUGUGCCUGUUUUUCUAAUAGGGCAUGUGACAAAAAGUGGAGAAAUAGCUGGUCCUCGUGUAUUAGAGCAUAUUGUAGAUGUUGUUUUGUAUAUGGAAGGCGAGAAGUACUCAUCUCAUCGUUUCCUUAGAUCAGUGAAAAACCGCUUUGGUUCCACUGAUGAGCUUGGAGUAUUUGAAAUGUCACAAUCUGGCUUGCAAGCUGUUGCAAACCCUAGUGAGAUUUUCUUGAGUGAGCAGUACUUUGAUUUCGAUGUUCUACCUGGACUUGCUAUUGCUGUAGUUAUUGACGGGUCCCGAACUUUCCUCAUUGAAAUUCAAGCAUUAUGUACUCCUUCAGGUUCCGGUUCAGGGACUGUUACUGGGACCAAUCAGAAAAGAGUUGACAUGAUCAUUGGUAUUAUUAUGAAGCAGGCAGGUUUGAAGCUCCAGGACAGUACCAUUUAUGUGAACGUCGUUAGUGGUGUUAAAUUGACCGAGACUUCUGGUGAUCUUGCAAUAGCUGCUGCAAUUUGCAGCAGUUUCUUGGAGGUCCCUAUUCCGAAUGACGUUGCAUUCAUAGGAGAGAUUGGCCUUGGUGGUGAACUUCGUGUAGUUUCAAGAAUGGAGAAGAGGGUGGAUGCUGUUUCCAAAUUGGGGUACAGACGAUGUAUCGUUCCAAAAUCAGCUGAGAAAUCUCUUGCAUCUCUUGAUCUGGGUGGAGAAAUGGAGAUUUUGGGUUGCAAAAAUUUGAAGGAGGUAAUUAAUGCAGUAUUCCAGAACAAUUGAUUUGCGUUGAUUAUUCAAGCAUUUCAAGGAAGAAUGUCUUUGAUUCAGUGAUCUUUUUGAUGUAAUUAGAUGGGAGAUUAUGGCUAUUAUGAAUGACUGGAAAUACUAAGCUAGAUGCUUGCAGGAAACAGGAAAUUUAGGUUCAUCUUUGUAAAUAGUAAUGC